GGAAAACGCGGAUCUGUUAGCAGGAGGCAGAAAGUUCCUCUCUCUGGGGUCCCAAGGGACGUGCCGAGGGGCAGACCCUCUUGUUGGGGGGAGAGGUCAGCUGUCCUAGCGCGCAGCCUGCCCGUCCAGUCCCAACCCACUGGGGAUCUAUUCGUAUUUUUAUUUAUUUGCAUUCUCUCUGUCUUCCCUGCACACAUCUUUACCCUCCCCUUUCCCUGCCCAUCACAAACUAAUGGAUUUCCAAAGUGAAAUUCCGGAGGAAAUUUGAGGAGUAUCCGGAUCCGGAGAAAGCGUGAAAGAAAGGAAAGGAAAGAGGGAGCGUGGAAAGAAGAUCGAAGCGAGAGCCGAAAGAGAAAGACUGGAAGAUGGGCUUUGUUUCCAGGACAUUGUGCAGCUAAGGGCACGACCUUGGCCUUGAAAAGCAAGAUUCUGCAGCCCGGGGGCUUCCCCAAAUGAAAUGAUUCGGCCGCCAGACCCCAGCCAGAGUGGGAUUUUGGCACAGUGAAACUACUAACCCGGUGGUUGAUGGUCGUUUAAAACUCCCAGUCGCCUACCCUGCCUCCUCGAUCAGUAUUAACCAAUGACAACAAUUAGGGAGCAGCCGAUCUUCAGCACCCGGGCUCACAUCUUUCAGAUCGACCCGGCCACCAAGAGGAACUGGAUCCCGGCUAGCAAGUAUGCCUUGACGGUCUCCUACUUUUUCGACGCCACCCGCAAUGUCUACCGGAUCAUCAGCGUGGGAGGAACCAAGGCGAUCAUCAACAGCACCAUCACGCCCAACAUGACCUUCACGAAAACCUCGCAGAAGUUUGGCCAGUGGGCAGACAGCAGAGCCAACACGGUGUAUGGACUGGGCUUUGCCUCCGAGCAACACCUGUCCCAGUUCGCAGAGAAGUUCCAGGAGGUGAAGGAAGCCACCCGCUUAGCAAGGGAGAAAUCGCAAGACAAGACGGAACUGACCAGCCCUGCGCUCAGCUUGACUUCCCACCAAGUUCUGCCCAGCCCUAUCAUCAGUGCCAACGGGCCCGGAGAUGACAAGCUCUUCCGGAGCCAGAGCGCCGACACGGAGAUGACGACAGAAAGGGAGCGCAUCAAGAAGAUGCUUUCGGAAGGGUCCGUCUGCGAAGUCCAGUGGGAGGCAGAAUUUUUCACCCUGCAAGACAACAACAACAAGUUGGUGGCUGCCCUGCAUGAAGCCAACGCCAACGUGGACCAGUGGAAGAAGCAGCUGGCCAGCUAUCAGGAGGAGACGGAGCUGCUGCGGCUGAGAGUGGUGGAGCUCGAGGCCGAAAGGAGGCAGAACGCCGCCCACGAGGCCAAGGAAGAGCCCAGUCCAGCACUGGAGGAGCUGGAGCAGCUGGUAAAAGCCAAAGAGGAGGAGCUUCAGCAGCUCAAGAGCCAGAAGAGGCGAAGCUGGGAAGUGGACGGCCAGUGUGAGGAAACCCUCCAGAAGGUGCAGGAGCUGGAGAGACGGAACACAGAACUGGAACGGCGCCUGAGCCUCGCCGAGCACUCGCUGUCCGAGACCCUGUCCGAGAGGAAGAGGAUGUACCGGGAGGUGGCCAAACUAGCUGAGAUCAUGGACAUGAAGAUCUUCGAGCUGAGCGAGCUGCGGCAGGACCUGGCCAAGCUCGUGGAGAGCAACUGAGCCCGGGAACGAGGCAGCGGUGGGAGAAGGGCUGCCAGCCCUCCGAAGAUGCUGCCCCAGCAAGAGCCGCCGAAGGUUGCAGGUGCGAAGUGGCAAAUACUCCACCUUCAGAGGCAGCUGCUGGAGCGGAGUUGCUCGGACUUCGCCUCCCGACCUCUUUCCCAGGACUCGGCUUCCUUUGGAUGCUCCUCUUUCUACGAUGCGCCCUUUUUUCUUAGACGGAGGCAGUAAAUAGGUUUUUCCACUCCUGUAGUUUUGGAUAGAGAGCUGCACUCCUCCCCACACUGUUGCUUACCUAAACCCACAGCGGAGUCCAAAUCCCCUCCGCCUUUCCUGUAGCCCUCUUGCGGUGUCUUUUUAACAAGAUCGCUUUUUAUA